GGGCGGUGAACUUCCCGGGAGAAGGGGCUCUUUCCGCGCCAGGGCUGGCGAGAAAGCUGCCGCCGCCGAGUGCUUCGACUCCAAGCAGCGGCCGGCUCGCUCUCGGAAAGUUGGGUCGGACCUGAACCCCUAAAAGCGGAACCGCCUCCCGCCCUCGCGCCAGCCGCCCGCCCGGAGCUGAGUCGCCGGCGGCGGUGGCGGCGGACGGACCGGGGAGUUUCCUCUCGCCCUGGUUGGAGCUGAACUUUGGGUGCCCAGAACAGCGCAGCCGUCCGGGGAUCGCUGCAUGCUGAGCUCCCUUGGCGAGACCGAGCGGCAGGCCGGGAUUUUCGGGGGGGCGGGGACCAGCUGCGCGCCGGCACCAUGUUCCUGGCGACCCUGUACUUCGUACUGCCGCUUCUGGACAUUCUCCUGUCGGCCGAGGUGAGCGGCGGGGACCGCCUGGACUGCGUGAAAGCCAGCGAUCAGUGCCUGAAGGAGCAGAGCUGCAGCACCAAAUACCGCACGCUCCGGCAGUGCGUGGCGGGCAAGGAGACCAACUUCAGCUUGACCUCGGGCCUCGAGGCCAAGGACGAGUGCCGCAGUGCCAUGGAGGCCCUCAAACAGAAGUCCCUUUACAACUGCCGCUGCAAGCGGGGCAUGAAGAAGGAGAAGAACUGUCUGCGCAUCUACUGGAGCAUGUAUCAGAGCCUGCAGGGAAAUGAUCUGCUUGAAGAUUCCCCAUAUGAGCCAGUGAACAGCAGAUUGUCUGAUAUAUUCCGGGUGGUCCCAUUCAUACCAGUGGAGCACAUCUCGAAAGGGAACAACUGCCUGGAUGCCGCCAAGGCCUGCAACCUGGACGACACCUGCAAGAAGUACAGGUCGGCCUACAUCACCCCCUGCACCACCAGCAUGUCCAACGACGUCUGCAACCGGCGCAAGUGCCACAAGGCCCUCCGGCAGUUCUUCGACAAGGUCCCGGCCAAGCACAGCUAUGGGAUGCUCUUCUGCUCCUGCCGGGACAUCGCCUGCACGGAGCGGAGGCGGCAGACCAUCGUGCCCGUGUGCUCCUACGAGGAGAGGGAGAAACCCAACUGUUUGAACUUGCAGGACUCUUGCAAGACCAAUUACAUCUGCAGAUCUCGCCUGGCCGAUUUUUUCACCAACUGCCAGCCAGAGUCAAGGUCUGUCAGCAGCUGUCUAAAGGAAAAUUACGCUGACUGCCUCCUCGCCUACUCGGGGCUUAUUGGUACAGUCAUGACCCCCAACUACAUAGACUCCAGUAGCCUCAGCGUGGCCCCCUGGUGUGACUGCAACAACAGCGGAAACGACCUGGAGGAAUGCUUGAAAUUUCUGAAUUUCUUCAAGGACAACACAUGUCUUAAAAAUGCAAUUCAAGCCUUUGGCAAUGGCUCGGAUGUGACUGUGUGGCAGCCAGCCCUCCCAGUUCAGACCACCACUGCCAGCACCACCACAGCCUUCCGGGUCAAGAACAAGCCCCUGGGGCCAGCAGGCUCUGAGAAUGAAAUCCCCACUCACGUUUUACCACCUUGUGCAAACUUACAGGCACAGAAGCUGAAAUCCAACAUAUCAGGCAGUACCCACCUCUGUCUUUCUGAUCGUGAUUAUGAAAAGGAUGGUCUCGCUGGGGCUUCCAGCCACAUAACCACAAAAUCAAUGGCUGCUCCUCCAAGCUGCGGUCUGAGCCCACUGCUGGCCCUGGUGGUAACUGCCCUGUCCACCACCCUAUUGUCUUUAUCUUUGGCCGAAGCAUCGUAGCUGCAUUUACAGAAUCAUAUGGACCUGUAAAAAGACAAAAACCAAGUUAUCUGUUUCCUGUCCUCUUGUAUAUCCGAAAUUCCAGUUUUAGGAGCUCAGUUGAGACACUGCUAAAACAGUUUCAUCCUACUGGAACUUUUUUCUUUCUUUCUUUUUUUUUUUUUUCUAAGAAAGCUUCUUGUGAUCCUUAAGGCUUAUAUGGGAUCCCCCGAUACAGUGCUACAUUCCACACUCAGAAGGCUUUGGGGCACGUUGGAUUGUAAAAGGAUGGUUUAUUGUUGAUGUGGCUGUAAAGUGGACUGGUGCCUUGGCUUUCAAGAUCCUGAUAAGGUUGAUGAUUUUUAACAGUUGCACUCUGGUCUUGACUAGCUAGAGAAGGAGUCAGUAUUCCUAAAGAAUCUUCUAUAUCUCCUGGAGUAGGUUUGCUUUUUGAUGACAUGACCAUACCACGGCAGUGGUAUGUGGAGGCCAAACUUUUUUUUGUCACAAAGCGAAGAUUCUCAUCAAGACAAUCUUGAUGGACUUUGUACAAACAAGCUUGUACCAGUGUUCUUUCUAUAUGUAUUAGCGUUUUCCACGCUGAUGUUUAUGUACAGUAAACAGCUCUGCACUCUCUUACAAAAACAAAAAAACACCUGCCACAUCCAAUGUAGUGUCUGUCUCCUAGUCAAAAUAGAGAAUGAGAGUGGGUGUGAGACGUCACAGAACCUUGAGCAUUGAGACAGUCUCCGAAGCCUUACUUGAGUGAGAAGCCCUUACACUAACAAGAGUCAAAUAUAGCUGAAGCAUCAUUCUAAUACUCUUUACAUGUAUGAGGUUAUAUGUAGAAAAAAAUUUUACUACUAAAUGAUUUCAGCUAUUGACUUUCUAUAUUUUGAAAGUAAUGAUAUUGUCUUCAUUUUUUUUUUACCGGUGGUUUAAUACAAAAUAUACGGAGCUUGUUGUCCUCUCAUAAGUAGCAUUAGCUCCAGUGUUGACUUCUCGAAGACAGGUCUUCAACAGCAGACUCAGGAGCCUCAUGCUUUAGCAGAAAGCUCUGCAUCAUGUUACUGUGGAUAGGCAGCAGGAAACAGCAGCCAAGCAUUGUCUUUUUAUCAUUUCUGGAAACACAAGCGUGCAUACCUGUGGGAAAACUGGUGGCCACUCGUCAAUGUUCUACAAACUCUACAAAUGGCACCAUUGCCAGUUGACACAAACCAGGACCUUGGUUUUCAUGUUACCUGACAAUGGCAGCUUUGACUGGAACAGGAGACAGGACGUGCUGCCCUGUCUUCGGAAGCAGAUCCAUGCCCAGGAUACACAGCUCUUUUCCUAAGGAUUGUCUUGACUUUCAACUGUGAUGGCUUGGCCGCUCUGUGGAUCGGUUUGGUCUGAAGUCAUCAGAUAUCUGCUCGCACUGUGUUCUGUGUCCUCCGUGAUAGACUGUGACUGACUCUGUAAAAAAGAAAAAAUGUUUGGGGGAUGAAGAGGGUCACGGUCACCAUUAGGUCCAUGGAGAUAAGUUGGCCCAGAGACACAGAACAGGGACUCUGGAUAUAAGGCAUCUGACUUGUUAACUGCACGUCUCUUCCAUCAUUCUCUUCCUUCAGUGAAUAGCCCCGAAAGUGCACUUCUGAAGUCUGGUUGAAAUGGUGAGAUUUGAAAUCUACAAGGAUUGAGUGCUAGUAGCCAUGUUUCUUUGCAGCUGAACAGAGGCGAGGAAAUUCCACCCAAUAGAGUGUCUGAAGCGUUGGCUUUCUUCCAACAUCAGUAGAGUGGAUGGAGGAGGAAGCCCACAGUGCCCAUUUCAUCCUGAUUCCCUUUGCCGACAGAUGAUUCCCUUUGCCUUGUAAGAAUUAAUCCAGUUACUAGGGUGGGAAAUCUGUUAAACCCAAGAUGAAGGCAUAGUCUUUUAGCUCUGUUGGUGUUUGAAGUACAUUUAUAUCCAAAUGUUAAUAAACAUAAAUGUAUAAUACUAA